AUGAAUAGUCCUACUUUGGUUUCCAUAUUUUUUAUGUAUUUGUUUUGUUUUCAGAUAUUUGUUGCUGUUCUAUGUACGUGCUUUACCUGGCAACAAGUAGCUGCUGUAGUAAAUAAUAAUCCUCUGAAAGAUGAAUCUGUUAAUUCUACACCUGACAACACAAAUCCAAACCAAUCCACUGAGACUGGAGAAGUGGUGGCAGACUCAGUAGGAGCAGCUAUUGAAGAAAAGAGCAAUAGAAGAGAAGCUGCAUUAGUUGAUAAUUAUGGCGCGCCGCAAGUAGAUAUAGCAUUACCUGUCAUUGAUUCUUAUCUACCAUCAGAACCAAGUAAUCCAAAUCUUCCUAUUCCUGUUUAUGGUGUACCAAUAACAUCUUCUAAUAAUGUAGUUUAUCCUGAACCUCCUCCUGAUAUUCCACCUCCCAAACAUGUACCCUCGCUGGCUUAUGGAUUACCACAUAUCAAUAAUUAUGGACAACCUUUUAAAAAUAACUUCGCUCUUCCAAAUAGUAUUUUUUUUGGUUCUCCAGGAAAUAAUUAUGGAGCGCCCAAUAACAAUUAUGGACCUCCAGUACGUCAGUUUUCACGUAAGCCAUUUUAUGGUCCACCGCGUUUGCAAUAUGGUCCUCCUGGUAAGCCAUUGAAUAAUGUUAAAUUUGGUUCCAAACAACCAUACAAAAAUUUUGGACCUAAAUAUCAGUCUAAGCCAUUUACGACAUAUGGACCUCCGGUAGGGUAUUUUAAGGAUAAUUACAGUCCUGUGAAAUUUAACACGAAUUUUAAUGGCGGGAACAUUAUAUCUCACGGAGGAUCUUUAGGAGGAGUAAACACAAAAUACGGACCUCCAAAUUUAGCGGUAAAUUUGGAUUUCUCUGGAGUGAAUGGUAAUAAUCAACAUGGAGUAUCCAAUUUUGGUUUCUCCAGUCACGGUAGUGUUAACUCAGUUUCAACUGAAUAUGGUACUCCUGAUAGCGAUAUCUUGAGUUCUCUUAAGCCACAUUAUGGCCCUCCUCAACCCUCUCCCCAUCCAAGACCACCACAUCCUGGAGCCCCAGCUCCUCCAACUCCACCUGAUAUCAAAUAUGACGGGUGGCAGCCAAUUCCUGGCCUAGUAUCUAGGAAACCAACUUCUGUUUAUGGAGCACCUCAUGUGGAGCAGCAUAUUGAGAAUGAGUUCAGUUAUAAUAAAGAUUUAUCACCACCCCCAGUGGAAUCUCAUAAUGAACCACAAUCGAACAUUCAUACUUCUGUAGCUAAUCUCGAACUAGAAAAUUCAUAUUCAUCUGUUAGUCAGAAUGGAGUAAGUGACUCCUACAAGGCCCCUUUGAAUACAGUGACAGGAUCAGGUGGAGUAGUGAUCGCAUCCGGUGAAGAAGCACAUGCAAAUAAAGAUCAUUCACAUGAACAUCAAAAUAAUGUCAACAUUGGACUGUCAGCUAUUGGAUUAAACGGACAAAAUAUCAAUACGGUGAAGAGUAUUGGUUACGAAAUCUUCCCUAGCGGCGCUGCCACAAUUUCCGGAGAACAAACUAGUUCAUAUGGAGCACCAGCAAUUUCUUCGCAUUCAUCUAAUUCUUACAGUGACACAGCUAAUUUGGGUCAAAUAUCUGGUUCCUAUGGACCUCCAACUAGUUCCAUACAACAUUCUGGUUCUUAUGAAGCUCCAGUUACAUCAGGACAAUCGCAUCCCUCUGGUUCAUACGGGACUCCUUUGCAAUCAACCAACUCUUUGGCUACCACUCAUUCAUUUACAGGCGCAUCUUUCGGAUCUUCACAUAUAAAAAGUUCAUUCAAUUCUCAGAAAAAUCAUGGUUAUAAGGGAUUGUCGCUUUCCAAUUCAGGCAUUGGUUUGAUUCCUCCAAGUGGUGUAUACGGUGGUCCAAGCGGAUCUUAUGGAACACCUUUGUUCUCUGGACCAAAACCAGGACACUCAAAAUAUCAUAUUCCACCACCUCCGUCCAAUUUAUACGGAGCUCCACAUAGCCACUCUACGGCUUCUUUCCAAAAUAUCAAUCAUGGUUAUACAAGUUAUAAUGCACCUUCAAAUUUUGUUAAUCAACAACAAGUAGCGCAAUCACACAGUGUUAACGAUAUAAUAUCCUUGGAUUACAGCUAUCCAGGAGUUACACUCGAUUUGACUCAGGGAAGUGGACAAAUCAACUACAAUACUCCUCACGAUUGUAAACAGCAAUCUUUACCAUCUUUGUCUUAUGGAGUACCUUCUGCAAAUAGUUACACAGCCGCAUUGUCAUCUUUAACGACUAAUAUCGAAUCGAAGCCUCAUGAUACUUAUGGAGUUCCUGAUUUAACGGCGUCUCAUAGUCAAAAAAUUAAUACUGAAGUGAAAACUAACUCAAUUGAGACUCAAGCAGAAGAUAUACAAGGCAAAUCGUAUGGAAAAACUUUAGCAGCUAGUUUUGGACCUAAUAGUGAGCUCGUACAAUCUCAAAGCAUUGAUUUCAAUAACAUUUCUCUGCAGGGCGCAUUAGGUUCAUAUACUUUGCAAAUUCAAUCUGCUGACGGGGGUCAAUCACCAGUUCCACAUGGACAAGUACUAAAUGAUGGGCUGUUACAGUCGAUUCUUGCUGCUAUCGAGCAACCAAAAGGUUCUAAUUCAGGUCAACCCAUUAUUCAAUUACAAAAAAGCUUGGAACAACAACAAUUUGUUACAAAUGAUACUAUUUCAUCUGUCGUUGAGCAGUUGACCGACGAAGAAAUACGACAAGGAACGCAGCUGGCAAAAGAAGAUAUUGUAAAAACUUCUCAAUUUGAUGAAGAAAUAAAUAAAAUUCCGUCUGUUCGAGACAUCAAGGACUCAGAAAUUCAGUACUCAUUCUCCAAUAAGUACCUAGUUACUGCUACAAAUCCCAUGCAGAAUCAAAGACAAACAACCAAUAUAGAAACCAAUGAUGUUAGUCCUGGUGAAUCAGAUAUACCAAUUCUGGAGAAUAAUGGUAUAGCUUUAUAUUUCAGUAACACACAACGACUGAAGAAGGAAACUGAAGGCGAAGGUAAUCAUGGAUUGCAAAAUAUAGAAGAUAAAAGUGGACAACAUGGAGAAUAA